AUUUUCCGAUCACCCUAUAAAUAAACAAACUCACCCAACUUCAUAUCAAAGCCCUUAACUCAGUCUCUCUCUCACCAUUGCCACUCUCUCUCCCCUCAAAGUUUGUUACGUUUCACAAAUCUGCAACCCCUAAAUGGAGGGUGGUGGUGGUGGUGGUGGCGGUGGUGGCGGUGGUGGAGGUCACAUCGACACAACAAAGGCGGAGAAAGCGGUGUGGCUGAUGAAAUGCCCGGCGGUGGUUUCGCGCUCUCUCCAGUCUUCUUCCAUUCCCACCGACUUACCAGUCGCUAAAGUCAUCGUCUCCGUCGACCCUCUUUGCUCAAAAAGUGACGAAGCCACUCAGUUCACCAUGGAAUUGUCUGGCUCUGAUUUGGGAAAUGUGCCUAAGUGUUUCUCUAUGGAUAUGUCUAAGGGCUUUGUUCCAAUGUCUGUCUUUUCAGAGGACCAAGGCAAGAUAUGUGUUGAAGGGAAAAUUUUUAACAAAUUUGACAUGAAACCUCACUAUGAUGCAAUUGAGAGCUAUGGGAAACUCUGUCGUGAGCGAACUGACAAAUCAAUGACGAAGACUAGACAAAUUCAGAUGAUUGGCAAUGAGAGGCCUAUGGUACCUAUGCCAGGGAUCACUCAUGUUCAGGAGAAAAGGAAAGUGGUUGUUAAAGCCUCAGAAACAAAAAGAACAAGGAGGGAUCGUGGAGAGAUGGAAGACAUCAUGUUCAAACUUUUUGAACAGCAACCCAACUGGACACUCAAGGAGCUGGUCCAGAAGACAGAUCAACCUGAGCAAUUCAUGAAAGAUAUACUGAAAGACCUUUGUGUAUACAACAACAAGGGAGCUAAUCAAGGGAGCUAUGAGUUAAAGCCAGAAUACAAGAGAUCCGCUGACGAUCCAAGUGGUUAAUAGGAUGCUGAUUUAUUUAUUCAUCAUAAAAAGCAAAGUUUCGUCUUAGGUUUUGCACAUAUUUGAUUCAAACAGAAGAAGGAAUAGUUCCUGAUUGUAGCUAGGUGGUCUCUGCAUCGUUUUUGCUUACUGAAUUAACAAAUAUUUUGUUUGCACAUAUAUGCCGAACUCUCGGAAUUGGUAAGGAAGAUUAAGACAUGAGUGAUCUUUGGAAAGUUAGAGAACAGGUCUGAUUGAAUUUGAGGCUAAAUGGUUGUGUAUUACAAAUUCAGACUGUUUUUUGCAUCAUUCUGAAAGUUUCAGCUUUGGUUCUGUAUUA